CACAAAUGACGUCAAUUGUCAUCAAAUUAUUGUUUUAGUGUUUAUUUGUCAACAAUUGACACGUUUUGUCAUUAAUUAUAUGAUAAGACAUAACAAUUGAUUCAAUGUUUAUCUCAUUUGAUCUCAACUAUCGAUAACAAAGAAGACAUCAUUUUAAUGACUUUUGUCAUUUCAGUCGAGUUUUUGCUCAAGACUUGGAUCCAAUCAAUAGAUUGUUUUCAUAUAACUCUAAAUGCAAUUCAAUUUCAAAUACAAGCCUUUAAUUAAUCUUUUGAAUCAAACAUUUGUUUACUUAUUAUUAGUCCAAACGUUGGCCACAAUAAGCGAGACAGUUUUGACGACAUUGUCGGCCAAAGAGGACAUACACUUUGAGAUCGUAGAGCCGGAGACACUUCGGUACACAUAUAGGGCACGAAUGGCACAGAACUUUGGCACAACUUUUUCGCAGAUCUAUUCAAACAUGAAUUUAGUUAUCGUUGAGCCAAACGACUCGUGCACUUCAUUAGUCAAUACACUCGAACUCUUCAAUAACAUCGGACUCAUUGAAAGAGGCGGCUGUUCAUUUUUGGCCAAAUGUAUUGUCGCCGAAAUGAGCGGAAUGGUUGGAGUCAUCAUUUACGACAAUAAUCACAGCAAUGAUGAUCUUUACAUAGAGAUGGUCACCGAUAAUACCACCCGAAAUUGUUCAAUCCCGGCCGCCUUUUUACUCGGAAAAGAUGGUCAUAUGAUUAGGAGAGCAUUGGACGCCCACCGAUUGAACCGAGCAGUGGUCAACAUUCCGGUUAAUAUAAGUCAAAAGACAGUCAAACUACGACAACCUCCUUGGGUUGUCUGGUAAUGACCU